AUGAAGUUUGCUAAAGUAUUGGAACAGACGUUGAUCGAGGAAGACAUCCCCGAAGAGUGGGUGGAGGCCGCCAUUCAGUACAAGAGUCUCAAGAAAUGCAUCACCAAAGUGGUUAACGAGCUUCGCUUCUUGGGGCUCGAGCAGAACGACCUCAAGUUGCUUCUCCAAGACCCCAGCAAGUCCCAAGUCAUCGAGAUGGACCAGCACGAGGCAGAGGCCACCAACCCCAUAAUUGCCGAGUACACACUCACCAAACAGGCAGGUUCCGAUGACCACACAGACCCCAACGACAUCAAACCCAUGCUCAAAAUCACCUUGGACUACUCCAACGAGAACUUCUCAGACGACCACAUCUACCAGCUAGGAUUACAGUUGAAAAAUAGAAUAGAGAAGUUGUUGAACGAAGACGAGGAUGAGACGCACGACAUCCAUGAAAUAGAAGAGCAAAAGGACGAUGAACUUAAGGUGGUCAGUCCCCAUUCCUCCAAACACGGCUCUCCUCCUUUGUCCCCAGAGCAAAAGCCAACUGUCCCGAUCGAUGAGGUUCUUGACGACGAUGUCCUUGACCCAAACGUAAGGAAAAACGAAAUCUACAUCCUGUUAAACUCGGAUACCAAGUUUUUCAGAAUGCUCAACGAUGAAUUAGAAAACUUAGAUAAGCUAAAAACAUCGGAAGAGAGCAAGUUAACAACUGAAGUCCAGAAUAUUGCAUCUGUGAUUACCACGUUGACUGACCUGAAGGGAUGGCUCAAAAACUCCGAUAUGUACAAGUGGAGAGAACUAUUCAAGAUCUACUUGGAUUCCGAAGUUUACUUUAGAUACAAUGAGACCUCCAACUCGGCCAGUGAAAGAAACUCGGAACAAAUCAAAAAGAAUCUCUCGCAGUUUAUGGCUAAUGUCGAAAAGUCGGGUAUUUUAACGACAUUCAAGAAUAAGAAGUCCAUGUAUGCGUACAAUCAAUUUCUUCAAAUGAACUUCCAUCUCUUGAAGAUCCUUCAGUUUCAGUCAAUCAAUUCAGAGGCUUUCAGAAAAAUUUUGAAGAAGUUUGACAAGCAAACUUCUCUUGGUGUCAGUGCAAGAUAUCCUAAGCUUGUGUCAAAUGACCAUAUUUUCAUCAAGGGCUCGUCGUUAGCUCAAUCGAUCUGCUUCAUUAUGCAGUCAUCGAUCUUGACCUUGAUUCCACAGAUCGAUGAUUAUACCUGUCCAAUCUGCACCAGCGUUGCAUUCAAGCCCAUUAAAUUACAAUGUGGUCACUUGUUCUGCGUCAGGUGUUUGGUGAAGUUAAAGCAACAGGAUAAGAAGAACUGCCCUAUUUGCAGAAACCAGAACGCAGUUGUAAAAGCAGAUGGAACCAACUUGGAUGAGGAAUUGAUGCAGUUGAUGAAGCGUCAUUUCCCCAUCGAAGUGAAGGAGAAAAUGAAAGAAAGGAACUUAGAAAAGUAUAAUGAAAUGAAAGGAAAGGGUGAUCACUCGAAGGGUGAGAAGUGUGAGAUUGUAUAA